AAGCCCAUGAAACUCAAGCCACAGUCAAAUAUUCUUUCUUUGUAGUAGCUGCAUUCUAGAGUUUCUCAACUUGCUUCUACAAUGGCAGCUGCUACAAUGGCUCUCUCUUCUCCUUCUUUGGCCGGAAAGGCAGUAAAACUCUCACCAUCUUCCUCUGAAAUCACUGGAAAUGGAAAAGUCACCAUGAGGAAGACUGCCAGCAAGGCCAAGCCAGUUUCUUCUGGCAGCCCAUGGUAUGGUCCUGACCGUGUCAAAUACUUGGGUCCAUUCUCUGGUGAUGCCCCAAGCUACUUGACCGGUGAGUUCCCUGGUGACUAUGGAUGGGAUACUGCUGGACUUUCAGCUGAUCCAGAAACUUUUGCCAAGAAUCGUGAGUUGGAGGUGAUCCACUGUAGAUGGGCCAUGCUUGGAGCUCUUGGUUGUGUCUUCCCCGAGCUCUUGGCCCGUAACGGUGUCAAGUUUGGUGAGGCUGUAUGGUUCAAGGCUGGAUCCCAAAUUUUCAGCGAGGGUGGACUUGACUACUUGGGAAACCCAAGUUUGGUCCACGCACAAAGCAUCUUGGCUAUUUGGGCAUGCCAAGUUGUGCUGAUGGGAGCUGUUGAAGGUUACCGUGUUGCUGGUGGACCUCUCGGUGAGGUUGUUGACCCACUUUAUCCCGGCGGUAGCUUCGAUCCAUUGGGCCUCGCUGACGAUCCCGAGGCUUUUGCUGAGCUUAAAGUAAAAGAGAUCAAGAAUGGUAGACUUGCUAUGUUCUCCAUGUUUGGAUUCUUUGUUCAAGCUAUCGUUACUGGAAAGGGUCCAUUGGAGAACCUUGCCGACCACCUUGCAGAUCCAGUUAACAACAAUGCCUGGGCCUUCGCCACAAACUUUGUCCCCGGGAAGUGAAGUUUUUAGAAUAGAGUCUACACUAUUAUUUGAUGGCCUUGUAAAGCUACUGUGAAUUACAUGACAUUAUAUUUUAAUUUUGCCAGGUCUUCAAUAAUUGUGUAGUUCUCAGUUACCUUUUAUGUUCUUUUCAUAAAUUAAAUACAAUUAAAAGGGGGACAAAAGAUCUCCCAAGUUGAAUUUUUGGAACACAAA